UGGUGUGAAGUUUGGACUUUUCUAUCAAACUUGGUCAGAUAAUCCGCAAAAAUGGACACUCGCACUCAAGGCAUCGAAGGGAAACCUAACGAAGAACAUCUGCUCAUACUAAUGGAGAAGACCGGUUAUUCAAUGAUUCAGGAGAAUGGGCAAAGGAAGUACGGCGGCCCUCCGCCAAAUUGGGAGGGGCCGGCUCCUCCAAAAGGAUGCGAAAUUUUCGUUGGCAAAAUCCCGAGGGAUAUUUUCGAGGACGAACUUGUGCCGGUUUUUGAACAAGUGGGAAAAAUUUAUGAAAUGAGAUUAAUGAUGGACUUCUCUGGUACAAAUAGGGGUUAUGCUUUUGUUAUGUAUACGAACAGAAAUGACGCUUUGACCGCAGUUAAAGAUCUCAAUAAUCAUGAGGUUCGCAAGGACCGAUAUUUGGGCGUUUGCAUGUCUGUGGACAACUGUCGCCUUUUUGUGGGCGGCAUUCCGAAGACGGCCGCAAAAGAGGAAAUUCUGAAGGAAAUGCGAAAGGUUACUGAUGGUGUUGUGGACGUUAUUGUGUACCCAAGUGCCCCUGACAAAUCAAAGAACAGAGGGUUUGCUUUCGUGGAAUACGAGUCGCAUAGAAGUGCCGCGAUGGCCCGGCGAAAACUGAUUCCCGGAAAGAUUCACCUUUUCAACAACCAGAUUGCAGUUGAUUGGGCAGAGCCGGAAAGAGAGGUCGAAGAUGAAGUGAUGGACAAGGUUCGGAUACUAUACAUGAGAAACCUGAUGCUAACCACAACCGAUGAAACAAUCCGUAAAGCUUGCAAUCGAGUUCUCGCAAAUGAAGAUGCUGUUGAGAGAGUCAAGAAAAUAAAGGAUUAUGCUUUUGUCCAUUUCAAGGACAGGAAGGAUGCUUUGCAGGUGAAGGAUGCUUUGAACAAUACAGCGUUGGACAAUUCAAAUAUUGAGGUGUCAUUAGCCAAGCCAGUCGACAAGACGGAUUGUCGCCACUCGCGAGCCAUGGGGACACGCCCCAACAUGCUGACUCAGGUAGCUGAUAUUAAUGAAUACUACACCGCCCUGUACCACCAGCAACAGCAGUACAACAUGUAUGCGGGUGCUCCGUUCAUGCCUCAUCAACAGCAAGCAGCCAUGACAGCUAACUCAGCUACUGCCGGAUUCACACCAAGAGGUGAAGGUGUUGGCCGUGGUGGAUUUGUGCCACGCGGCGGGAUGAUGCAAAGAGGUCGAGGGCGUGGUGCAGCGGGCUCGAGGGCUGCGAGUGCCAGAGGUGCGUACAACUCUGGCUACAUGCGAGGAGGAUACAAAAAACCAUCUGAGGAACGUCUUUAUGAUCUUCAGCCUGGCAUGGAGCUGACUCCUAUUAACCCAAUCACGCUCAAACCUCAGGCUAAAUCUUCACCACAGAUCCUUGAUGAGUGGUGUGCCACCAGGGGUCUAGGAGCCCCUAUAUUCCAGCUUCACUCGACCCUCUCUAGGGAUUCCAGCAGUGGCGAGCAGGUGCAGCUCUUCCUAUACAAGGUGUCAAUCCCAGCGCUGAUGAACCAGUACCCUCACCAGCCGUUCACACCAGGCAAACUGUCCAGAUGUCCCGACGAGGCUAAGGUAAUAGCCGCAGAGCAUACCCUUGCCCAGCUCGGUGUACCUGUGGAUAUGAUGUCUCAAGCGAUGUCCUCCUUGUCCGUGUCUGAGGUGACAGGUGCCCCCGCUCAUCCCGCAGGACGGCCCGUCUACCCCGACACACACACCCAUGAGUAUGCCACGCUCACCACCUAUGCCACGACCAUUCCCACGGUAGCAUCUACAGCUGGCACCUAUGGAAAAGUACCAAUACCCCAAAUGCCAGGAGAGGGGUUCCAUCCGCAAAACUUUGCCGACCACCCACCGAUGUUUUAUGCAAGUCCGGUGCCAUCUAUGCACCCACACCAACAUCAACAUGAAACGUGGAUCUCGGGAUAAAUAUGGCAGCGUCUUCCGACUCCACGUACUAUAAAACCUGGGGCCUCCCCAUUUCCGUUGACUGGGAAAUUUGUUGUACAGUUGUGUCCUCAAAUUGGCACUUUUUGCCUGCCGAAAGUAACCAGAAGAAAAACUUUUUUUGCAGCUUAAAUAUCCCAGUUUACAGAUACUAUGGUCAUUUCUGUGCUCAUGCAUAAUUUAUUGUUCCUCAGUUUGUGUUUUUUGUGAUGUGUUCCAACAAAUGUGGUUUAAGUGGAAUUUUUCCUCUGAAUAUGCAAAUCCAUUAAAAUGUAUCGUGUAUCUAAUACAUUCCAUAUAUGCAGCGGUGGCAUCAAUCCUACUGGCCCAGGAUAUGGAGGGAAGUUCCCUUUAUCUGAGUCUGCAGAAUGAUCGCCUUGUAGGCCAGAGUUCCCUGAUUCAAUCCUUGGCAAGGCCUUGGUGUUUUCCUAUGCUAACCCAAUCAGUUUCCAAAUGCAGACAGAAAAUGGUGCUCUGUCAUCAGAGAGGAUUUCUCUUGUAUUGGCAUGCUGUCAGGGGCCCAACUAGCUCAACUUCAUUAUGCAUAUUGUGUGGAAUGAGAUCUCAUGAGAUCGAUCAACAAAUGUAUGUAUAGUUACUUAUAACAAUUAUAAUGGCUUCCGCUUAAACUGCAGAAGUUUUUUGUUGUUUUUGAUGAAUAAACUGCCAAAAUUUGUGCCAUUUGUUCAAAUGUAAGCUAUUCUGAAAUGUUUUGAUACUUUCAAAGUUUAACAUCGAUCUCUUGACAGCCCUGAAAAAUCAAAAAACAUUGCCACGAUUUUAUUAGACCAAAAGGUGCCUCAAGAGUUAAUAUAUUAGGGUAAGUCAUGGCAAUAAGUUUUGAUACUAUUUAUUGGUUAUGCAAUAAUAUGUGAAACAGAUCAGGUGCUUUCAAGUAGUACAAUAACAUUUGUAUACUCUUCACACACAGGUGAUAAAACUUCACAGGAACAAAUACCUCGACCAAGAUAGAUGCAUGGGUAUUUCUCAGCAUUUACGAAUAUUUUUAUUCAACUUUAACAUAAGUGCUAUAAACUGAAAACUGGUGCUCGCCAACGUAGCUAGUGCAUGCUGUAAGAAUGAUUCCAGUUUUAAUUAGCAAAGACAAUCAAAAUUGAAGUUGUUGCAAGUCUUAUAAGUUUGUGUCUUUUGUUUACAAUUGAUUACUCUUCCAGUCCUCUUUCUAAUAAUUUAGAUUUUUUUGUUUAAAUUAGAAAAUAAAACUGGCCAAAGGUCUAAUUAGUUUAAUCUGUGUUGGAUUCAAUGCUAGAUUUAUGCGUCUUCUCUAUUUUGGCUGAAGCUUUCCCAAAACUAUAGCUGUAUGCCUGGAGAGGUCCACUUAGAACUAAAAGAAGACUCUAGAAAACCAUCUUGAUCCCUGGUCCAGUCCUGAUCUAGAGUUCCCCAAGUUGGAUAUUUAACCAACCCUGUCAGUGAGGAUGGAACUUAAAUUUUUCAAAUAGAUAUAACCACAAUUAUAGCUAGUUUUGUGUAGUCUUAGACAUUGGUUCUGUGCUCAUUUUAGUGCAUGUAGUAAUUCAUGUUUUUAAUUCCAUUCAAACAUUCCAUUUAUGUAAAUUUUGGUGUUGGGUUGAGUAUUAUAUUUUAUCACCAAUUUUUUAAAUUUUGUUUGUUGUGAGAUGUGCAGAGACAGCUCUUCCAAAUUAAUUUUCUAUUUUGUUGCCCAGUAUCUGAAGGUAAGGCUUAUUGAUGCAGCAAACAACUGGUUUGUUUUAAAGGGAUUUGGUCAGGGCACCAUUUUCAAAACUUUAACUAGUGCUGCCAUCUGUGUGUUGGAACUAGAAACACCACCUGUUGAUCCUGAGUGGUCUUCAACAACUGCUUAGGGUUUGUUACUGAUUAUAUUGAAGCAAAAACAAAAACUCGCAUCUAAAAAUGCUCAGUGAUUCCAAUUAUUUGGGGUUUCUGAUGUUUUGGGGCAUUCUAAUCCAUUGCUAGGCAAUGUUGCAAGCAAAAUGUGAAAAACUUCUUUCUGAAUGAUCCGUCUGGCCAUCCACAAUAUUGAUAUUGCUUUGUAAUCAUUCCAUUUUUCAUUGGAUGCUAUCAUUGUUUUAGAUCACAUAUUAUUCAAAAGUCUCUUCGGUAGAAAAGAGGACUUGGGUUGGUGUGGUUCUGAUAGGUGGAUACCUUGCCAGAAAGACCAAGAGAAAAUAUGUAGGGGAAAAAUGCUCAGUCAAGCUGAAUCAUAUUUUCAUGGGUAAUAACCUCUAUAGGCAUGGACAGUUUUGCAAAAAUGAAGUCAACCCUGAUAUAUCUUGAUCUCUGAGGCUUUCAAUUAAUCUAUUUUGGUUGAACAUUGGUUGAGAAGGGUGAACUGCCACUGUUGGCAUUGGUGCAUGUGGCGUAAAGGAUUCCCCAACCUUUCUCCUAAUUUUUCUACCGAAGAGUCAAAAGUUUGUUUCUUCAUAUAAUACUGUCAUGUAGGUUUGUAUGUUUGCUUGGUAUAGUAAUGUUUUAUUUGUGAUAUAUUUUAAACAGCAUAGUAUACUUGUGUUUAGCCUAAGCUGCAUUUAGCUUGUAUUUUGUGUCAUGGUACCUGCUAUAUAACCUGUACAUGUAGUUUUGGUGAUAUUGAAGCCUUGUUGCCGAGACACUUGGGUUCUUGGAAGUCGUAUGGGUCAACAUGUGGGGGUAUAAUCCUUAAUUUCUAACACCAGUUUCUAUUUGCAUCUCAAGAGAAAUUUAGAUUGAUAUUUUGGCUUGUUUGUCGUGUAUGAGCAAGUUCUUGCAAGAAUGAGUAGUGUAUCUGUUUCUAUUUGUCUACCAAGUGUUAAAAUCAUAUCUAACAAGUCGGAUGACCGGUAUGUGUCCUAACUUCAAAACUGGGAGCCUAGAUAACAGACCUGGGCAAGGUUUGAACCUACUGAUUGAAUGUUAUCUGUUAAACUUCAAGGGUGUCGCAAUCACAAGAUUUAUUUGACUUGAUAGGGAUAUUUUGUGGUUUAAUUAUGGAAAGUACAUUGUUGAUUGUUGAACAAGAAUAUACCUGCUGGCUGAUAAGAAACAAUGCUAUUAUUAAAGGUCGAAAACAUGGGUCGUGUGACUGGUCAUAAGUUCGAAAUGUAGAAGUUCAUAACUAUGCCCACGAUUCUUAACCUCAAAUUGACACUUCAGAGAUGUGUCAACUUUUCAAAUUAUGACAUAGAAAAGGGAGAUAAUCACGAUAUAUCUUGGACUACCCCAGCUAUAGAGGUUGUGUAGUGACAUUACUUUUGACUGGCAGUCCACCAAGCUGGCGUUGACAACGAAGUGGGCCACGUCAUGGCACUUCACCAUGACAACAAAGGUUGCCACAUGAGGCAGUGAUUUCUCUCUGUGGUGACGUCAUCUGCACUGGCUCUAGUAAAAUCAUACUAAAUAGUUAUCACCAUAACACUUUGGCAGGUACUUAUAAUGUAAAUGUAUAAUAAAAUGUAGUUCAUGGUUAGUGUAAGUGGGUACCAAUAUGGAUCCCAGGUAUCCUUUGGAUCCACCUUGGUCCCAGAUUGAGUUUUCUUAGUCAUUUGAGUUUGUUUAUGUGUUUUAUUUUAAUAUGUAUGUGUUUAUUUUAUGCACUGAAACCCUACCGAAAUUGUUGUCAGAAUAUUUUGUGUAGGGAUAACUGCUCAGGAUUUUGUAUGUGUUUUGCAUCUGCUAAAAAACAAGCAAUAUUUUGCUCUCAGUGUUUGUUUUUUUGUUGCAUGGUUUUUGUGUUAAAGGAAAUUGACCACCUGGUAAAGUGGGUGGACGUGGAUUUAAACUUUAAUGCCCGUCAUCCUGAGUCGUAAAGAUCGGCAGAUUCGAUUCAAAAAUGAGAAGUGUGCUGGGCAUAAAGCUUGUCGUGUGAUUGAGGCUGUAUAAAAGAACGCAGGAUAAACACCUUGAUUCCUCGGAAACUGAUCACUUAAAUGGCAAAAGAUCAUGUCAGUGUAAUAUUUAAUCAACUCACUCUUAUUUGAAAAGUACAUGUAUUCUGGACAUCGGAAGUGAAAUAGAUAGAAUAUAACUUUUACAGGGCUGCCAAUUCAUCAGUAGUUAAAGUCCUAAAAUUUGUCAAAAUUUGUAAAGUAGUUCUGAAACUCAUCAAAAAAAUGCCUUCAAUAAUCGCUUUGUGAUGCUGAAAAAGUGAAAGUUACUUGCAAAACUACUGAAAAGUAUUUAUAUUUUUGCCAAAAACCCUGAAGAAAGGGAACUUUUUGGAAGCAGUUUGCUAAUAGCCCUCUUGGAGGCUUGGCAGCUCUGUAUCUAGUCCAGUACUGGCUCUUUUCAAUUAAGGGUGGAAUUGAGUGUGGUAUCGGCCAAUCCAUUGUCCCAAUCCACUGCCUCCAACUACAAGUAUUGAAAGUUACAAGGUAGGAAUAAUUAGGUUUCAAGAAGUAAUCAUUCUGAUAUAAAAUACAAUAAGUUUCAGAUAUCAUGAAGAAAUAUCAAUCUUCUUGUUCUAAUCAGUUGACUGAAUCAUAUUUCUGGAUGUGAUAUAAAAACAACUUCUGUGAUAAACUUGUUUGCGGGGACUUUACACCUCUUUUGUGUGUUACUAAAUUAAACUAAAAUCUAAAUUUCAACUUGAGAAUGGUAAAAUAAUACAAAGUAUCAUGGUAGCUUGUCGUGGGGCUGAAUCAAAAUCAAAACGGCCUCAUCAAAUCUCUAUAAAAUCUCAAAUUGUUUAAUCAUUUCUGGACAAUGGAUUGGUUGAUAUUUUUGCUUUAAUCAGAAAAGAUUCUAACCCCUUCACCAGAAUCACUCGUCGAUUUGGCAAUAUCUUUUUUUCGGACUGUAUCCUAACUCAAGCAUUUUGACCACUAAGUCCUAUGAAGGGAGGUUAUGACCUGAAUGCUUCAAAUUUUGAAACCUUCAAGGUUUAGGCCUUGUUUUGGGGUGUUAGUAUUAGGUGGGCUGGUCUCAUUUAGUCAUGAUAUCUGGGUUGGUAUAUCUGUCUUGAAAAAGUUUCUAAUCCAGUUGUCAUUAUCCACGAAACAGUGCACUCAAAUUUGGAUAUAAAAAGAAUACAUUUUCCUUGUCAUGUUGACGCAUGUUGGGCUGGUGAAUGAGUUAGAACAGAAGGUAUGCAUGUAAAGUUCCAAAUAAGUUAUAAGCCUGAGUGUUGGUAAAAGAUUAAGGGAGAAAAGUGAUGUCUUCACCGCGAGUUUCGAGCUGUGCCAAUUUUCUUGGAUUUUGGCCGGAGCGAAUGUACAUAGAUUGCAUGAAAAGAUUAUUGAAUUACAUUUUACAGCAGUUGUAAUUAGGAAUUGUCAGUUGGCACGAAGUGUUUCGAAUUAAGUAAUUUGGAUGAUAUGGAGUUGGAUUUGGAUUUGUACAAAACGUGAGUUAUUUAUUGAAAGAUUGUUUGACUCGCGGUGAAGUGUGAACAUAGAAAUAAAACAUACAAAAUCUGUAUAAAUAUCAUCAUUAAUGUUAGAGUUGUGUAUUAACUAUGAAAGCAAUAUCAU